UUCGGGGGAGACGGACGGACGGCGGGCUGAUUUCAUGGAGACGGAGAAGGGAACGCGAUUCCCCCUCUAUACCCUAUGGGUCCAUCUCCCCUCCGCCGCUCCGUCCUUCGCCUCAGCGCCCCGAAGAAGAGCCUGCUGGCACUCCGAGAGCUCCCGCUCUCCGCACUAUGAUCGGCGCCCCUUCAUUUCCCACGGACACACGGCGUCUCCUAAAAAGGUUGAACUGGCAAGCUGACUAAUCUUGGAAAACAGUGCAAAUUGGACCCUAACUUCCUUGACUUCUUGGAUUUCAUGACAAUGAAGACAGUUUAACAGUAAUGUUAAGUGAAGAGUUUUCUGUUAAGCUUCAGAAAGUAUUAGGGGACAAUGUGAAAUUAGAUGCAGGUAAAUUUCUUUGCCAAAACAGCUACAGCUGAAAAAGUGCAGGGACCCAGAACAAGACAAAUUCAGCAACUUUAUAAUGGCUGAAAGACAGAUUUGCCUGUGCUGAACAUACUGCUGGACACUAUGAGUUCACAGGACAAUCCCAGCGGCCCUUUCACUUCUGGAUAUCGGGACAACCAGGGAAGAGAGGUGAAAAACAACAACAGACAGGCAUUGUUUGUAUCUCGGGGUGACCCCAAUGCCAAUGCUAUUCAUGCAGAAGUCAAGAGUGUUACUGGUGAUGCAGGCACUCUACCUCCACUGGUAUCCCAGAGCGAGGAGCAGGACAAGAUAAUCAUCUGGGGAGCAGAUGCCCGGUGCAUAGAUCCAGAUCUGGAGGAGUUUGAAUUGCUGGAAUGUCAGGAGCUCGAGGCUUUCCUGGUGGAGGAAGAAGAGAAGCCUGAGAGAAAAGGAAAUGCUGGGGUAGGAAAAGAUACACUUCUGGACCCACGUAGUCUAAAGGAAGACCAUAGUUGUACGUAUAAGGAACAAGACAGCCAAACAAAGGCCAGCGAUUCCCAAAACAUUCCAUCUGAGUUGUACCGGAUCAUGCCAGAGGACAUCACCCAGGUCUCACCGGCCACCGAUACUACCUCAACAAAAAACCAGAGCCUGCAUCAAGACAGCUGUUGUCAUUCUGUUCCUUCUCAGAGCAACUUUAUGCAGUCCAGCAGUAUGGACUUGAACAUGAACUCUGGCACUUUGCCUCAGGGAACCUGCCAAGAAGCACAACCAGUACAAACUAGAAAAGGGCUGAGGACAGGCCCUCUUCAAGAGGAAUCUGGAGCAGUUAGAAAUGGUUCAGGUAAAUGUCAACAGAAGAAAAUAUGUAUGAGGGGAGAUGUACAUACCCAACAACAUGGUUUUCAAAGCCAAAACAGAGAACAGGCUGGUUCUAAGAACUACAGUCCAGUAAACAGUCCAUCCUCUGAUGGAAGCAGCAUUGAAAGGGUCCUUUCUAGUCAGCUGUUAAACCCAGUGCCCUGCAGUGAAACUGGUAUAAGGCUGUUCAUAGAACGUGAUGGUGUAGAGAGUCAGUCAUGCCACUGGAGCUCUUCAAGUACAGAAACAUCUGUCAACAAGACUUGUGACAAGGUGAAUGGCAGACUUUGCCAAGAGGACAUAAAACCAGAACAAAAUGGUAAUUAUCAGGCCCCAAGCACAUGCAUGUGGGAGACCACACACAGUACAGCAGAAGAGUCCAAAGCACUUCAGAAGCAGGGAUUAUCCAAACACAACCACAACGCAAGCCCAUCCAGCCUGGAGAGAAGGACCCCACAAACUCAUCCUUCUGGGAGUCCCACAAGAUCAGCAACCCCUCCAUCCCCAAAGAAUCUGGGAUCUCCAAAAAAGAGACUCUCAUCUUCACCAAGCAAGGCCACUGGCUCUCAAACCUCCAGUCAGGAAACUGUGAAUGGUUUGCAGGGGUUUACAAGUGGCCUCAGAACACCUGCAAAAGUAGCUGUGAAUAGUGGGAUCCCAAAACCAGUCCUUCAAAAUCCAUGCAGGGCAGUAGAGAAGACAGAGCCAGAAAGCAAGAAUGAGAGGUCCCCGUCCCCCAGUUUCCCUCCCAAGCCGAAAAAUGUACGCCCUAAGAUCAUAACAUACAUACGCAAAGGUCCUCAGUUAAAACCCCAAGUGUUAGAUACUCCCUAUCAAGUCUCCACCCUACCCUCUAGGCUGUCUGCUUACACUUCUUCCCCUACCACCAAGGACCCCAAAACUUGUGUGGACCCCAAGGCCUCGCCAGUGCUCAGUGCCUCCAACUUGCUUUAUGAUAAAUAUCGUCAGGAAAUGCAGAAAACACGCUUUUUCGCACCAGGCCUUGCAGUAUCUGGGAUCAGACCACCAAGUCAAACCAUUCCUUCCAAACUGCCUGGGAAGGCAGAUAGCUUCUAUGGUACACUUGCUGAAAAGUACCUGCCGGAGAUGGGCCAAAGUGCGGUCAACCUUGGAACCCCUGGGCAUGAAGACUCUCACGCAGUUUCUCAGUUUGGUUCCCAUGAGGCCACCAACAUUUUCCGUGCCCCCAGGGCCCUAAGGCCUCAGCUGGGUCUGGGGGCUGUCAACAGAUUCCCAUCUGCAAAGAAUCGAAUGCUCCUGGCAGGUCAAAGGUCAUCCUUGGCUUUCAGCCACCCUGUGCAGGCAGUCACCCCUGUCUCCCACAAUAACCAGGACACCUCAGCAGAUCAGCGGAAGCCCACCGCAGUGCCAAAUCCAAAGUCCUUGCUCCCGAAGCCUGGCCAGUCCGGUCUUCGCCCCCCUGGAUAUUCUCGUCUACCAGCUGCACGACUGGCUGCCUUUGGCUUUGUUCGCAGUGCUAGCGUUUCCUCCGUAUCCAGCAACCAGUCCAACGAUAGCACCCGAAGCGACCCCUGCCACCCCAGUCACCGUCCCAGCUGUGAUGACACUCCGCCUCCUCAUAAGACCAGCACACCUCAAAACGAGACCCCCCGGGCACUGAGCCGGAACAGUCCCCAGCCUCCCAAUACCCCUGUCCCUGCCCGACGCUCACUGUUGCCCCCACCCCGGAGCCCCCCGAUUGCCUCCAGAAAGGAAGUCCAGAAGGAUGCUGACGUUUCCAGGCCAGCACUCUCUUCUCCCAAGAGAUUUGCAGUGGUAUCCCCCAGGCCUCAGUCCCCAGUGCAAACGCGCCAAAAGCCUCCGGCAAUGCGGACCCCUACACAGGCCAGCAAUGCCAGGCCAGGGCCGGGAGCAGCAGAGGUGGCAGCUCCUGUAGGCCAUCCCAACCGAGAACCAGAUGCAGCAGCACAGCAGCUACAGGACAAGUGCCAGAAGCAGGCGCGACGGCUGCUGGGCCUGCAGGUUGAGCUGAAGAAGACCACCCUGUGCCUGGAGGUCCUCGCCAUCAGCACCCAACACUUCUGUCUGAAGAGUGACCGUGCCAUCCAGAAAGAGAAAGAACUGUCCGUGGAACUCGAGAGGAUGAGAGAUGAAGUGGUCUCCAGCAGAGCCCGCUUGGAGCAGCUGAAGCUUGACAAAGACGUCUUGGAAGAGAGCUUCGAGCGUGAACUGCGUGUGCUGCAGGAGCAACAAGAGGCGGAACUUGGAACCUUGGAGGAGGGACUGAGGGUUCAGCACACAGCUGAAAAGGACCGUCUACGUGCUCAGCACCAGGCCCAGUUGGAGGAGUCUCGCAGCCAGCAGCAGGACCAGAUUCAGGAGCUGACUAUAAACCAUGAGGUUGCCAUAGAAGAGAUGGAAAAGAACCACAAAGUGACUCUGGCAAGACUGAAGGAAGAGCAUGCAGCCGCACUGAAAGAACUGAAAGUGACUCAUGAACACCAGAAAAACGCGAUGGAGGAGAACUUUGAGAAAAUGAGACUCUCGUUGCAGGACCAGGUGGACACUCUGAUUUUCCAGAACUGCAGCCUACGGGAUCGGGCCAAGCGCUUUGAAGAGGCUCUGAGGAGAAGCACUGAUGAGCAGAUUGUGGAUGUACUGGCCCCUUAUCAGCACAUUGAGAAGGAUCUGAAGAGCCUGAAGGAGGUGCUUGAGAUGAAGAACCGGCAGAUUCAUGAGCAGGAGAAGAAGAUCUCAGAUCUUGAGAAAAUGCAGGCUCAAAAGAACAUGUUUCUGGAGGAGCGGAUCCAGGUCUUACAACAGCAGAAUGAGGACCUCAAGGCUCGAAUCGACCACAAUCUUGCCUUGUCCAGACAGCUCUCAGAAGAGAAUGCCAACCUGCAAGAACACGUGGAGAAAGAGAGCAAAGAGAAGAAGCGCCUAAGUCGCAACAACGAGGAGUUACUGUGGCGUCUGCAGACAGGAGAACUGAGCCCCCACAUGCUCUCCCCAUCCUCCUCACCUGUGCACCGCACUUCCCCAGGGCCCUCCUCACCUUCCCGGCUCAACCCCUUCCCCAGAUGAGCAACGAGGGUGAUAGAGCCCCUUCAUUCAUUUGCCUACACCACACUGUAAACUAACACCUUUUUACUUUCUCUGUCUUGGAGGCCACAACAUAUAAGCAUCUUGUCUGAAAUGUGAAAGUACAGGUUUCUUCCCACCAAGAAUUUUUUGAUCAACGUGUGUAAGGAUGUGCCUUUCUUGGCUAAAGCAUGAACUCUGUCCCAACCUUAGCUUACGCAGGCACUUAACUAUAGAUGAACGUAGACAUCUUGCCUCAGCUUUGGAGGCUAAAUUUCCCCUCCUGAUUUCAAAGUGCAAAAAGCAGUCCUGAUUCUAUCGAACAUAUCAUAAGUUAACAAAAUGUAGCCAUGGACAAUUAAAAAAUACAGUCCUUUUUUCUUCUUGAUCCCUUCUUGUUCCUCCAAGUCUUAAUUAACUGUCAGACCAACAUGAACUCAAAGGACAUAAGCCAAAAUGUUUUGUAAGGUCACUUUUGCAAGAGGUAUAUCCAGAUAUCUGUAGCAAGGAAAAAGGAUUAAAAGCACACAAAAGCCUGUUACUACAAAGUGGUCAUCUUCAUCUGUUCUGUACAUAGCAACUUCUUCUAUUGAAGGUACAAGAUUGAGGCAGUCUGAAGUGAAGAAAUCUAAACCACAAAGAAGCACCUUAGCUUUUCUGGUCCUUUGUCCAAGAGGCCUUCAAUAACCUUCAUACCAGCAGUCUCAAUUGGAAAAGUGUCAGCCUGGUUGGUUUAACCCAGGAAUGUUUUUUUACCCAAGUUAGCUUCACCCAGGACAAUAUUCUUAUGCUUAGUACAGAAUAAUCGUACCUGAACUGAUGCUUGUCUGCUCAGCCUUUUCCUGGAUUAACCUCAAUUGCAAAGCCUUGCUUUCAACACCUUUUAAGAGUUGCACCUUAUCUUCACACAUGAGAAGAUCCUAUUUGGGAUAAUGUAAUCACAGAUGAUUCCUAGCUGAGGUAUUUCUGCUUGGGACUGUCCUAUGUAUUACUUCAGCUCUGGGAAUAUCCAGGAGUCUAACAAGAAUCCACCCAGACAGGCAGCUGUCCAACCUGACAUGGUCAUACUGGAGAUUCUGGUUUUACCCAAAGUGCUCCUGCUGAAGAAUUUAUUGCAAAAUGCACCUUGACAGAAGAAAGGCAAAAACAUUUGGCUGCAAUUUUGUGGAUAGCAAGAAUGAACUUAUGGCCCAAGGGGAUACUGGUGUCACAAUUGCUGUUUUUUUCAUGAGAAUAUUUGUAUAUUACUGGAAAAUUUGCCAUGUAAAGCAAGCAUGUAAGUCUUCCAAUUGUUACAAGUAACCUCGGAUUGUCGUGAAUUUUAUUAUACUGUUUGCAGAGGUUAGAAGAUCAUGUAUUAUAGCGCAGGUAGAAUUCAAAUGUCCUCUCAUUCAGGAGUAGUACUGAGUAAAAACUGUCUUGAAUGGUAGCAGGGGAUGUAUUGUGUACUAGAAUGAAAAAACUUAGUGUCACUGUACUGUAACAUUCAGGGAUUUUUUCUGUGUCAGUCCAUCUGUGGUUUGUUCUCUUUUUUCUGUAUUAUUAAAUAUCAUCAAUGUUUGUAGGCUAGCAAAGAGACAUGCAGACGUUAAUGCAAACGAGUGAUGGAAUUCCACUCGAGGCAUGAUCUUCAGCAUGAGCUGAGGGGAGCCAAAUGUCAGUAGGUGGAUAGGAUUGCUUUUAUUUUUUACUUGUGUUAUUUUUCUUUUUGGUUAUUUAUUUUUAAACUGGAACCAAUUUCCGUGAUAGCUGGCAGACUAGUAAG